AUGUAUCCACUAUGCAUUGAUACAUCGGAUAAAAGUGAUGAAGAGAUACAAAAUUUUGAUGCAACAAUAGGUGCAAUUGUGUGUGUUGAAGGUGGAAAAAGGGACGCAAAGGCUCUAAGCAUUGUUGAAUCAAAAAUUUGUGAUUCCUAUUACAUACCAGAAAUGGAAGUGGAAAAUUUUAUAUCAGAUACAAAUGUUUCUGAUGUGGAAGUGAAGCAAUUGUACAAGGAUAAGGCAACUCUAAUAGAUGUAAUGGCAAAAUACAAAAUAAAGCAUAGCUUCAAUUUUAGAGUUAAAAGAUCUGAUAACAAAAGUGGUGUGACAGCUCCAAAGUUGGUGAAUCAUAAAAGAAAACAUACUCCAAACGAUAUAAUUGAUGAUGUUAGGUCACUAUAUGAUGUUGAAAUUUCUUACCAACAAGCAUGGCGAGCUAAAGAACAUGCAUUGGAGAUGAUAAGGGGUAAACAUGCAGAUGGAUAUAAACAGAUGCCAAGAUACAUAUAUAUGUUGGAGACUGUGUAUCCAAAUUCAUAUAUAUGGAUGCACAAGUCGGAAAAAAUUGAGUUUAUGUAUCUAUUCAUAUCAUUAAGGCCAAUGAUGAGAGGGUUUGAGUUCUGUAGGCCUGUUGUUGUUGUUGAUGCUUCACAUCUUAGCGGAGCUUAUCGAGGGAUAUUUGUAUCGGCAAGAACACUCGAUGGGGCAGUAUUCAAUGGCAACGCUAAUCGAAAAAAUGAUUUUGAAAAAUUAAUGGCUAAAUUGGAAAAAAUAAAUGGCAGAGUUAAGAAGUAUCUUCAAGAUGCUGAGUAUGAAAGGUGGUCUAGAUCUCAUGUAGCAGUGAACAGGGGGAGAAUGAUGACUUCGAAGAUAGCGGAAUGUAUCAAUGGUUGCCUUGUUGAUGCACGACAAUUACCUAUUAUAGACUUUCUGAAAGAAGCUAGAAUUCUAUUUAAUUUUUGGAAUUGCAAAAAUCGAGAAAUAACAUCUUAUACAAAGAAAACAUUAGGGAGGAGAUUUGAAGAAAUAUUGAUUACAAACGCAUUCAAAAGUGCGAAAAUGAAGGUUGUUUCAUUUUCUGAAUUUAUUUUUUCAGUGUAUGAAGGUGGCAUAAGAUACAUUGUUUGUCUUGAGAGGAAAACUUGUUCAUCUGGUAGAUUUCAACAUGAUGAGAUACCUUGUGCGCACGCAAUGAUUGUUUUCAAGAAGAGAAAUAUUACAGAUGUACACCCCUACUGCUUUGAUUACUAUAAACAUGAUGCAUUAACAAACACAUAUGCAGUUCCAAUGGAAUCAAUGUCAGACAAAAGCGAUUGGACAGCUCCGGAAUGUGUUUUGGAAGAAGUCGUCUUGCCAUCAAUAUACAAAAAAAAAAUGCCUGGUAGACCAAGAAAAAAGAGGAAGAAAAAUUCAGAUGAAAAGCUUACCACAAACAUGAACUGUUGUGGACGUUAUGGACAAAAAGAUCACAAUAGAAGAACAUGUACUUUCUUCCCGAAAGAUUCUUGA